AUGAGCUAACAUUACAUGAAUAAAAACUACAAAAAAUCUAGCAACUAUCCUGAGUAGAACCAGUUAUUGUACAUUCCUAAUUAAUAUUAUGACGAUCUAUCCAACUCCUCUUCAAUUCAAGAUUUACUAGCACCUUAAUACUACUAAUAAAAGAAUUCUAACUGCAAAAAGGGAAAUUCAAGUAAGUCAAAUUAUGGCUACUAGGUUUUCAAUCAAAUAGCCUACUCUUAAAGCAGCUUCAACGAAGAAAAGCAUAAAAAUCAAUAGAAGAAGAAACAACAAAAAGCUUAAAAAUAAUAAAAUUCUUCAUCUUUUUCUUUAUCAUAGAAGUUAACAUUAUCUAGUUUAUCAGCCUCUAAGGGUAUUAAAAUCUAUGUCGAUGGUCUUUGUCUUUUCGAUAAGUUUAGCUGUAAAGAAGUUAGUCCAACUGAAGAAUUAUUUUUACAAAGCAGCUGUUCCUCACAAGGUUCCAAUACAAACUCUUCUAUCAAUUCAUCAGUCACAGUGACUUCUUCUGAUGAUGAAAAAGGAAAUUUAUCUUCCACUAAAUACUUUGCAACUUUUUCUACUUUUGAAGGUCCAGAUCCAAGUGUCCUUGACCCACCUACAUUCCAGUUCUAGUGA